GUUCCAGAGCCACGGCGGGCUCGGAGGGGCCGGUCUGUGACCCAAGGCUGCUGCUUCCCCCCGCGCCUCGGCAACCCUGCUCCGGCAUGAAAGCCCUGCUCCCUGCUGUGCUGCCCUUCGGGAUCGUGGCUCUGUGUCUCGCUGCUCCCCCCAAGACAAACAUCAGAUGGUGCACCAUAUCAGCAGCAGAAGAGAGCAAAUGCCACAGCCUAAGGGACCUCAUGCAACAGGAGAGUGUGGCACUGAAUUGUGUCCAGAAAGCCACCUACCUGGACUGCAUAAAAGCCAUCGCGAAUAAUGAAGCAGAUGCCAUCAGCUUGGAUGGUGGUCACAUUUUUGAGGCUGGUCUUGCCCCCUACAAGCUGAAGCCCGUGGUUGCUGAGGUCUACGAGCACAGUGGAGGCUCCACCACCAGCUACUACGCCGUGGCCGUCGUGAAGAAAGGAACAGGCUUCACCAUCAAUGACUUGCAGGGCAAGACCUCCUGCCACACAGGCCUGGGCAGGUCUGCUGGCUGGAACAUCCCCAUUGGGAUACUCCUUAGCAGGGGAGACAUCAAGUGGGAAGGCAAAGACUCGGGCUCCAUCGAGCAAGCUGUGGCCAACUUCUUCUCUGCCAGCUGCGUGCCUGGUGCCACCACGGAGCAAAAGCUCUGCCGCCAGUGCAAGGGGGACCCCAAAACCAAAUGCUCCCGCACAGCACCUUAUUCUGGAUAUUCUGGAGCUUUCCAGUGUCUGAAGGAUGGAAAAGGAGACGUGGCUUUUGUGAAGCACACAACUGUUCAGGAAAAUGCCCCGGGGGAGAAGGAUGAGUACGAGCUGCUGUGCCUGGAUGGCACCCGUCAGCCCGUGGACAACUACAAAGACUGUCACUGGGCCAGGGUGCCUGCUCACGCCGUUGUGGCUCGAGAUGACAGCAAGGUUGAUGACAUCUGGAGCUUCCUCUCCAAGGCACAGGAAAGAUUUGGCGUGGGCACAUCUAGCACCUUCCAGCUCUUUGGGCCACCUGGCAAGAAGGACCCAAGCCACAAAGACUUGCUUUUCAAAGACUCUGCUAUCCUGCUGAAGCGUGUCCCAUCACUGAUGGAUGCCCAGCUCUACCUGGGCUUUCAGUAUUACAGUGCCAUCCAGAGCCUCCAGGAAGACCAGGUGAGCCCCAAACGCAGAGAGAACAAGACGCGCUGGUGCGCGGUGGGCAAGAACGAGAAGAGCAAGUGUGACCUCUGGAGUGUGGUGAGCAAUGGGGAGGUGGAGUGCACCGUGGCAGACAACACCAAGGACUGCAUCGUCAAGAUCAUGAAAGGUGAAGCAGAUGCCAUCAGCUUAGACGGAGGGUUUGUCUACACUGCUGGUGUGUGUGGCUUGGUGCCAGUGAUGGGAGAAAGCUACGAGGAUGAGAGUCAAUGCAGCAAAGCAGAAGGAGAACCAGCCUCUUACUUUGCUGUGGCUGUUGUGAAGAAAUCCAACAAGGACAUCACGUGGAACACCCUGCAGGGCAAGAGGUCCUGCCACACGGCUGUGGGGAGAACUGCUGGCUGGAACAUCCCCAUGGGCUUGAUUCACAACAAGACAGGGAACUGCAAUUUCGAUGAAUACUUCAGUGCAGGCUGUGCUCCUGGCUCUCCUCCCAGCUCCCGCCUCUGCCAGCUCUGCAAGGGCUCCGGGGGGAUCCCACCAGAGAAGUGUGUUGCCAGCAGCCAUGAGAAGUACUAUGGAUACACUGGAGCCUUGCGGUGCCUGGUCGAGGAGGGGGACGUUGCCUUUAUCAAGCACUCAGUCGUGGAGGAAAACACUGAUGGCAAAAAUGAAGAAGAGUGGGCCAAAGAUCUGAAAAUGGGUGAUUUUGAGCUGCUGUGCACCGACGGGCGACGGGAGAACGUCAUGGGCUACAGGAACUGCCACCUGGCCAAAGUGCCCACCCAUGCUGUGGUCACACGCCCAGAGAAAGCAAGGAAAGUCAGUGAGCUGCUGCAGAGACAAGAGAACCUGUUUGGGGCAAAAGGAAGUGAGGCAGACAGGUUCAAGAUGUUUGAGUCUCAAACCAAGGACCUCCUGUUUAAGGACAAGACCAAGUGUCUGGUCAAACUCCGUGAUGGAAUAAAGUACAAGGAAUUCCUGGGAGAUCAAUACUACGCUUCCGUGGCCAGCCUCAACACCUGCAAUCCAUCAGAUCUCCUCCAGGUGUGCACCUUCCUUGAGGACAAGUAGCGAGACGGGAAGCAGCCUUGCUGGAGGGGGGAGGAACCUUCAAGCUAUGCCUCUUCUCCUGCCCUCACCCGCCCAGGGAGGGCUCUGCCUGCCCUGCUCCCUCUGCCCUUCCUCAGCACUCUGCAAGUCUGGAGACUCUGCCGCUCUCUGCUGCCACCACAGCAAGAAAUAAAAGCUCAGACCUUAAA